GUACGCACAAACUUGACCCAUAUUCUAUAUAAAAAUCAUCACACAAUAAUACAAAUCAUGUUCGACCAGCUUCACGCAUACGUAGUGCAGAACCAGACGUUGAGUGCCACCCUCGUGAGCGUGCUGGCUCUGGUGAUCGCGUACUUCCUCGCACUACCCCGCGAACCCGUCUACCCCAUACUGCCUAACGUUCCGCUCGUCGACAUCUCCGAAGUCAAGAAAGGGCAGGUCGAGCUCGGUAAUUUGCAAGAUGCGCUUGCGACCAACUGCGAAAAGUACCGCGGCCAGCUCUGGCAGCUAAAGGCGCGACACGGCACGGUUGUGGUCCUGCCUGAACGCUUCAUUAAUGAGCUAUGCUACCUCCCGGAGGAGUUCGUCUCUCUUGAGGCGAAGAAUACGGAUAGAUUCUUCACACAAUACACCCGCUUGACCCCAACAUCUAUUGGGCACGAUCCUGCUCACCUGCUUCACUGCGUAAAGCACGACCUGACGCGAAACAUUGGCAGCCUGAUGAAGGAGAUCUCUGAGGAGGCCGAGUACGCCUUCAAUACCAGCCUUGGUGAAUGCAAUGACUGGAAAGAGAUUGCUCUUGGUGAUGUCCUUACGCGCGCCGUCGCUCUCAUCUCUGGCCGCGUCUUUGCCGGACCUGAACUCAACCGCAACCCUGACUAUCUCCAGUCCAUCAUUGAAUUCACUUUUGUCGCCUUCAAGGCCAUUGAGGCCAUCUCACGCUACCCGGUCUGGCUGCGUCCGCUGGCCCAGUUUUGGGUAGAGGAAGUGCGAGGCAUUCACCGCUCCCUGAAGCAAAUGGAAAGGAUCCUGGCAAAAGUCGUGCCUGAGCGGCUGCAACUAAUCGCUGAAGGAAAGGCGCCCAGCAAUUUGACAACUUGGCAUAUCAACAGCGUACCUGCGGAGAAGAAGAGAGACCUGACGGUCCACGCGCACACCCAACUGGUGGUAUCGACGGCGGCCAUACACAACACCACUCUGCUAACUACGCACAUCAUCUUCGACAUGCUGGCGCGACCGGAGUACAUUGGUCCUAUCCGCGACGAAAUAGCAGAUGUUCUAUCGCAAGAAGAUGAAGACUAUUUGAAGAAGUCCAGCAUGCCUAAGCUACGCAAGCUAGACAGCUUCAUGAAGGAGGCGCAGCGCAUCCACCCGUUGGGUCUAUUGACGUUCGAGCGCAAGGUCAUGCAGGACAUCACUCUCCACGAUGGUACGGUGCUCCCCAAGGGCUGCUGUUUCGCCGUUCCUGCUUACUUCAUGGCUAUGGACCCAGAGCGCUGGGGCAACCCAGAGGUGUUCGACGGCAACCGCUUCCUCAAUCUGCGCGGCGACAACGCCGUUGGCGGCAAGUAUUCCUUUAUCGAGACCGGUAUUGGCCAAAAUGAUCUUAUCGCCUUCGGGCAUGGCCCGCACGCAUGUCCCGGCCGCUUCUUCCUCAACAACGAGAUAAAGGUUGUCUUGUCGCAUCUGCUGAUGAAUUACGAAAUGAAGCUGCAAGAUGGCGAGGGUCGCCCCGAAGACAUCGUGUCGGCUGACGGUAUUGCACCAGCUUAUAGCAAGAAAAUUCUGAUCCGCCGCCGGAAGAACACAGCCUAA